AUGUCCGGUGAGCUAGGGGAAAAGGAUGAGUGCCCAUCAUCAAAUAGAGAAGGCAACGAGACUGGAGCCCACUUUCCGGCAGUGCCUCCACCAGACAGAGGGGUCAAAGCCUGGACUUUCCUGACCGGUUGCUUCGUGAUCGAGGCCAUUGGAUGGGGGUUCAACAUAGCCUUUGGUGUUUUCCAGGAGCAUUAUAGUCGUCUGCCGCAGUUCCGAGAUGACCCCAACAUCCCCGUCAUCGGGACCGUUGCUACCAGCAUGGUCUUUCUCGGCACGCCGUUUGCCGCGCCCCUCGUAAGGAAAUUCCACAACUGGCGGCAGGCCGCCGUUGUCGCCGGGUCGGUGCUGUGCAUCGUGUCCCUGGUCUGGGCCUCGUUCGCCAACUCGGUCGCCGAGCUCAUCGCCAGCCAGGGGGCCUUGUACGGCACGGGGAUCCUGGUCGUGUAUGCGCCGCUCGUGAGUAUGCUGAACGAGUGGUUCGUGGAGCGGCGCCGUUUCGCGUACGGGAUCGUGUUCGCGGGCGGCGGCGUGAGCGGCGUCGGCCUGCCCUUCCUCAUGGAGUGGCUUUUGGCGGCGUACGGAUACCGCACCGCUCUCCGGGUAGCGGCUGUCGCCCAAGCGGUCCUACUGGCCCCCUUUCUGCCGCUGAUCAAGGGAAGGCUCCCAGCGGGUCGCCAGGAGAAGGUGCCGGCGGAUUGGAGAUUUUUGCGGAACCCGCAGUUCUGGAUACUCGCGCUGUCCAACCUGCUCCAGGGCUUUGUCAUCUAUAUCCCGUCCAUCUACCUCCCAAGCUACGCAACACUGGCCGGUCUAUCGCCUCGUAUUGGAGCACUACUGUUAGCCGCACUCAAUAUUGCCUCUACGCUGGGCCAAGUGGUGUUCGGCCACCUCUCUGACCGAUUCAAUAACGUCUACAUCCUGGUCUUUAUUACGACAUUUGUCUCGGCGGUUGCUUCCUUCUGCAUCUGGGGGUUCGCUCAAUCCCUGGCUCUACUGCUAGUAUUUGCCAUCAUUUUCGGCUUCUUCGGUGGGGCAUAUGUCGUGUUCUGGCCCAAGUUUGCGCUGUUGUCGGAAGACCAUCUCCUCUUGUACGGCCUCAUGGCCUUUGGCAAGGGCAUCGGGAAUAUCGCCACGGGGCCCGUCACCGCCAGGAUGUUGACUCUGCCCACGUCACCGGGCUAUGGGCUGGGCACGUAA